AUGGCUGGAAGUUCCCAGAAGGACAGAAAUAAAGUGGACGUAUCCGUUCAGCACGAAUGCCCGCUGAAUCUUCUUCCUCGCGAAAUAUGGUCGAGUAUUGCCACGAUGAUUGCAUCGAAUUCGAUUGAGGAUCUAUUCAACAUGAAGGCGACGUGUAAGGUGUUCCUGGGUGUGGCGAGUUCAGACCCUGUAUACAAGCAUGCGACGAUGUCGUAUAAACCGUUAGCGCGUUUUUUACUUCACCUCGACGGGCCUGAAAGGAGAUUCCUUGAUCGCUGCGUGGAAGUAGGAAAUGUGGAUGCUAUACUCCGACAUGGGUUCACGGAGUAUCUCUGGUUUGGCCGCCGUGACAAAGGGAUGGAACUGCUUGCUAGGGCCUCAACGGAGGGCUGCGUCGAAGCAGGUUACCUGUGUUCCAUGUUGCUAAUGUUUGAUCACAAAGACGAGGAAGACGUGCAAAGGGGUGUUCAAAUGAUGGAGGUUUAUUGUAUUUCUGGGCAGCUCGAGAGCUAUACCAAUUUCUUGAGGGGCAUUUGCAAAGAUACUACUGUGCUCUUAAAAGAAAUGUUUGCACGCAUUUGA